AUGAAUCGAACAAAAGUCACCGUAGCGUGCCAGGCGUGUCAAAAGAAAAAGGUCAAAUGUACUGGUGUCGCUCCCUGUACUAACUGUAAUAGAACUGGUCAUCAAUGCGAAUUUACUGGCACUGCUAAAAAACGUGGACCUAGAAAUGGUACUGUCGAGGUGAUCAAAAGUUCGGCUAGUAGAAUUGAGAAUGUUUUGGAAAAAGAUCCAAGUUUACGACCUCAAAUUGAACAAAUGAUGAAACGUAGCUCCUCGGUCCGUUCGUCGAGAUCUCCUUAUGGUGCAUCCCUUAACUCAAUAAUGAUUGUUGAUAAUGAUCAUAGAAUGGAUACUUCUCGAUCUCAUAAUCGAAUGAAUUUAUAUUCAUAUGCCCGAGAUGAAAAUUCCAUGGAAUUACAGCCCUCCCAUGAGAUCAGACAGGAUGUAGCAGUAAUUAAACAACCCCCAACGUUAAUGAGACCUGUUCCGAAGUAUCCCUUAAACAUGAGAAAUAAUCAUGUGACUAAUGGAAUUUCAAAUUCACAAUUACCUGAUCAUCAUCAAUUUUCCGCAAGUACAAAUUCGUCGCAUCAUAUUAAUUCCGUCGCCAUUCCACAAUCAUUACCGCCGAUCGCCACGUUGGAAACUUCACCGCUUGUGGAAUGCACUUCCGAACAAUCAAAUACACAACUUAAACAUAGAGCGUUGUUGCCCGGCACGUUGUCCGACGUUCCACUGUCUCGCCAAACAAAUGCAAAUCCUUUACCACCUUUGUUGCAAUCAUUAGGCGAAGAUUCUAUGAAAUUACCAAUUCCUUGGAUGGGACAACAACCAAAAAAAUCUAUGUCAAUGCCGAUUCUCGGAAAUUCCGCGGGAAUUAAAUUAUUACUUUCACCAGCACCAGAUUUGGGGAAUCCUCUCGAUAAUAAUCGUCACUUAAAAUCUCAAUCUUCUACUGAAUAUUCAUCAGCCUCUUAUGAUACUUUAAAUUCUAAAAAAACACUUUCACCGACAAGAACAUUACCUUCUCCACCAUCGUUCUCGCCUCCUGAAUCAACUUCACCAAAAUCUCUCAAUUAUUACGAAGAAAAAAGUGUCGUCAAUAAAAGUCCACAAACACUAACUUUGUCACCGCCCUCAUCUCCAUCUACAUUUACACCGUACGUUGAAUCAAAUUCGCCAUGUCAAUCUGCACAUCUUUUAUAUCAACCAGUGAGGUGGAAUAAUAACGAACUUGACGCAUAUAAACAUAAUGAUCGAGUAAAUAUUGAGCGAGGUAGUAAUAACAUGGACGUGAAUCAAGUUUAUUCAAGGAAUUUUAAUCACCUUAUGCUACAAUCAUAA